AUGGAGUAUUGGGUUGAUUAUCUUGACAAUCCAACAUUGUCUGUAUUACCACAUGAUUUUUUAAAACCAGCAAAUAAUAAAUCAGUAGAAGGUACUUAUAAAUUUGAGGUUCCAAAUAAUAAUCAAGAUUUUACCUUUGGUUUGUCAGUUUUUGCAGCUUUAAUUUAUAGUUUAACUGGUGAUGAAGAUAUUGUAAUUUCAACAGAUUCAAAUCCAAAUUCAACUGAAUUUAUAAUAAGAUUGAAUAUAACUCCAGAAUUGACAUUUAAACAAUUAUAUGAAAAAAUAAAUCAAGAAUAUAAUUCAAAUUUAAAACAUGUAAAUUAUGGAUCAUUAACUGAAAUUUCAAGAGAAAUCAGACAUCAGAAGAAAUUGGAAGAGUUACCAGGUUUAUUUAGAUUAUCAUACCAACAUUCAAAUGUAAAUCAGCAGUUAAGUACUACAGUGGAAGGUUCAUUCAGAGAUUUGGCAAUAUUCACCAACGGUAAAGAAUUUACAUUCUAUUAUAAUGCAUUAUUAUAUUCCCAAGAAAGAAUAAAUAUAGUUGCCGAACAGUUUGAACAAUUCAUCACUACAGUAACUAAAGAUGAUGCUAUUUCUAUUACCAAAGUUAAUUUAAUUACUAAAUCUCAAAAAUCAAGGUUGCCCGAUCCAACUAUAAAUUUAGAUUGGAGUGGUUAUAAAGGUUCAAUUCAAGAUAUUUUCAUGUCUAAUGCUGAGAGACAUCCAGAUAGAACAUGUGUUGUUGAAACUAAAUCUUUUUUAGAUCCAAAUUCAAAAACUAGAAUAUUUAAUUAUAAACAAAUCAAUGAAGCUUCAAAUAUAGUUGGUAAUUAUUUGAAAGAAACAGGAAUUAAAAAAGGUGAUAUAGUUAUGAUUUAUGCUUAUCGUGGAGUUGAUUUAAUGAUUGCAGUCAUGGGUGUAUUGAAAGCUGGUGCCACUUUUUCAGUAAUUGAUCCUGCUUAUCCACCAGCAAGACAAAAUAUAUAUUUAUCAGUUGCUAAACCAAAAGGGUUGAUUGUGUUAGAAAAAGCUGGUACAUUAGAUAAAUUGGUAACUGAUUAUAUCGAUAAUGAAUUAGAAGUAGUUACAACAAUCCCACAAUUGAAGAUAUUAGAAGAUGCUUCAUUAGUAGGUGGUGAAAAGGAUGGAAAAGAUGUGUUGGAAAGUUAUACUAAAUUUGCAGAUAUUCCAACAGGUGUUAUUGUUGGACCAGAUUCAAAUCCAACCUUAUCUUUUACUUCUGGUUCUGAAGGUAUUCCAAAAGGUGUUUUAGGUAGACACUAUUCAUUAGCUUAUUAUUUUUCAUGGAUGUCUGAAAAAUUUAACUUAUCUGAAAAUGAUAAAUUCACAAUGUUGUCUGGUAUAGCUCAUGAUCCAAUUCAAAGAGAUAUGUUUACGCCGUUAUUCUUAGGUGCACAAUUAUUAAUUCCUACAAGUGAUGAUAUAGGUACACCUGGUAAAUUAGCGGAAUGGAUGAAUCAAUAUGGUGCUACAGUUACUCAUUUAACGCCAGCUAUGGGUCAAUUAUUAAGUGCACAAGCAACCACAUUAAUUCCAUCAUUACACCAUGCUUUUUUUGUAGGUGAUAUACUAACAAAAAGAGAUUGUUUAAGAUUACAAAAUUUAGCUGAAAAUGUAUAUAUUGUAAAUAUGUAUGGUACAACAGAAACACAAAGAUCAGUAUCAUAUUUUGAAAUUAAAUCAAAGAAAGCAGAUCCAAUAUAUUUGAAAAAUUUGAAAGAUGUUAUGCCUGCAGGCUUAGGAAUGAAAAAUGUGCAAUUAUUAGUUGUUAAUAGAAAUGAUAGAUCUCAAAUUUGUGGUGUUGGUGAAGUUGGUGAGAUUUAUGUAAGAGCAGCUGGUUUGGCUGAAGGAUAUAGAGGCUUACCAGACUUGAAUAAAGAAAAAUUUAUCACCAAUUGGUUUAUUGAUUCAAAUAAAUGGAUUGAAGAAGACAAGAAAAAUUCUAAAAAUGAAGAAUGGAGAUCUGAUUGGUUAGGUCCAAGAGAUCGUAUGUAUAGAUCUGGAGAUCUUGGUCGUUAUUUACCUGAUGGAAAUGUUGAAUGUUGUGGUAGAGCCGAUGAUCAAGUUAAAAUAAGAGGUUUUAGAAUCGAAUUAGGUGAGAUUGAUACCCAUUUAUCACAACAUAAAUUAGUAAGAGAGAAUAUUACAUUAGUUAGAAGAGAUAAAAAUGAAGAACCAACAUUGAUAUCAUAUAUUGUUCCAAAAUCAGACUCCACAGAAUUGGCUAAUUUUAAAUCUGAAAUAAAUGAAGAAGAUAAUGAUCCAAUAGUCAAGGGAUUGGUGGUCUAUCGUGAAUUAAUUAAAGAUAUUAAAUCAUACCUUAAAAAGAAAUUAGCAUCAUAUGCUAUUCCAACUAUAAUUGUUCCAUUAGUUAAAUUACCACUAAAUCCAAAUGGGAAAAUCGAUAAACCAAAAUUACCGUUCCCAGAUACUGCUCAAUUAGCAGCUGUUGCUAAAUUAUCAAUCAAAGAAAGUGGAGAUAAAGAAGAAGAAGAUUUGACUAAAUUAGAAACUGACAUUAUAUCAUUAUGGAAUGAAAUUUUACCUAAUCAACCAGCAACAAUCUUAAAAUCAGAUUCAUUUUUCGAUUUAGGUGGUCAUUCAAUAUUAGGAACAAGAGUGAUUUUUGAAUUACGUAAAAAAUUAAAUGUUGAAAUUCCAUUAGGUGUAAUUUUUAAAAAUCCAACAGUUGAACAAUUUGCAAAAGAAGUUGAAAAUAUAAUUAAAAAUGGAGCUGAUUUUGAAUUAGCCGAUGGAUCAAAACAAGAAGAAGAGACAAAAGCAAAAGUUGUUGAUUAUGCAGAAGAUGCUAAGCAAUUAUCACAAACAGCAUUAUUAAAAUCGUAUACUUCAAAAACUGGAAUUGAUGAAUCAAAAUUAAUUAAUGUUUUCGUUACUGGUGUUACUGGAUUUUUAGGCUCUUUUAUAAUUAGAGAUUUAUUAACAUCACGUUCUUCAUUGAAUAUCAAAAUUUAUGCACAUGUAAGAGCUAAAACUAAAGAAGCAGGAUUAGAAAGAAUUAGACAAGCUGGUAUACUUUAUGGUAUUUGGAAUGAUGACUGGAAAUCCAAGAUUGAAAUUGUAUUAGGUGAUUUAUCGGAAGACAAAUUUGGAAAUGAAUCACAAUGGGAAUUUUUAACUAAUGAAAUUGAUGUUAUUAUUCAUAAUGGUGCUUUUGUUCAUUGGGUAUAUCCAUAUUCUCAAUUACGUGAUGCAAAUGUUAUAUCUACAAUUAAUGUAUUGAAUUUAUGUGGUGCUGGAAAACCUAAAUAUUUCACAUUUGUUUCGUCUACAUCAACUUUAGAUACAGAUUAUUAUAUAAAUUUAUCAGAUGAAAUUUUACAAAAAGGUGGAGAAGGUAUACUUGAAUCUGAUGAUUUAGCUGGCUCAAGUAGUGGAUUAGGUAACGGUUAUGGACAAUCUAAAUGGUCAGCUGAAUAUAUAAUAAGAAGAGCAGGGGAAAGAGGAUUAAGAGGAUGUAUAAUUAGACCAGGUUAUAUCACCGGUUUUACUGAAACUGGUGCUUCAAAUACUGAUGAUUUCUUAUUGAGAUUGUUGAAAGGAUGUGCUGAAUUAGGAUCAUAUCCAAAUAUUACAAAUAAUGUAAAUAUGGUUCCUGUUGAUCAUGUAGCUAGAGUAGUAACUUCAACUGCUUUAAAUCCACCACAAGAGGAAUUGGUAGUUGCUCACGUUACAGGUCAUCCAAGAAUACAAUUGAAUGAAUUUUUACAAGAUUUACAGAAAUUUGGAUUUGAUUUACAAGCCGUUGAUUAUCUUAUCUGGACUAAAAAUUUAGAAAAAUUUGUUAUUGAAGAUGCUAAAUCAAAUGCAUUGUUUCCUUUAUUACAUUUUGUAUUGGAUAAUUUACCACAGGAUACAAAAGCACCAGAAUUAGAUGAUUCAAAUUCAAGAAAAUCAUUAAAGAAAGAUGCAAAAUGGACUAAUGAAGAUGUAAGUGGUGGAAAAGGUGUUACUGAAGAUAUAAAUGACAUUUAUAUAAGUUAUUUAGUUAAAAUUGGAUUUUUACCAUACCCACAAAAUAAGGGUAAGAAAGAAUUGAUAAAUACUGAGAUAAGUGAUGAGACAUUGAGGUUAAUUGAACAAGGUGCUGGUGGUAGAGGUUCAGCUGCAAAAUAG